GUUUUGUAAAAAAAAAAAAAAAAAAAACGACCCAUCCUAGGAAAUGCGUUUGAGAAGUUGCGCUAUAGGGUGAAUGUUUAAUUUGCGCUAUAAGGUAUAAUUUAGAGUGGAACCAUGGAUCCUGAGAUUUUACGAAACAACUUAGCUCAACCAGCGAGGAGGUCGACAAGGCAAUCGAUGAAAGCAGUUACUUUAGAGUUGGCACCCAGAGGUCCGCUGAAGAGGAAGAGGGAAGAGAUCAAGCACCCAUCCACACCUGUCAAUGGCUCCAUGGAGGACGAUGAGUCCCCUGGCAAGAAGAAUAAGUCAGAGAUUGGAGUGGCAGGGGAUGGCAGUUGUGAUGAGGAUGAGAUGGAUGUCCAGGAGACCACUGGGGAUGAAGAUCUGGACUCGGAGCAGAACGAGGAACAGGAGAUGAGUGCCGAGGAAGACUCCUCCCAUCACAAUGUCACACAGCAUAAACGUCCCUUUGAUACAACUUUGAUGGGGCACAUGAAUGUGAACGUACCGAAGACGGUCGGUGUUGGCUCCCAAGAGAUUGUAGAUCCCAGGUUGUACCUACUGAGUCGCAGUUCCAUUCAUACAACCGAGGAGCUGAAAACAGAUCUGUUUAAAACCAAGAGAAUGGAAAUGUCAAGAAGAGCUGCGUCUGGUACCAAGCCUGCAACCCAACUCAGACCCCUGGAAAACCGACCAGAGGUUUUGAUUUACAAGACUAGCAGCAUGGCAGAGUACAAGGAGAAUAUGGAGAGGAAAGACAAAAAAACUGGAUUGCCCAGCGCUAACCAUUAUAGCAUGAGAGGUUACCCCACCUCUGAAGAGUCCUACACAUCGAGCUGUCGGGUGAACAAUAUUCCUACUCGAAAACAAACUACCAAACUCAGAAAACAAGAUAUUAAGAAAUCAGCUGUUAUCAAGGCAAGUCCUGGGAAAGCUUUUGGGGGGUACAUGUGGAAACUGUGUCAGGCUCUGGUGCUGCUUGUCUCUGGUGUUCUGGGUCUCCUGGCCUAUCAGCACUUCUCAUUGCCCUUCAGGCCUUCAGGGGGUGGAGAUCAUCCAGCCUGGCCUGUGAGAGAGGGGAAGUUUGUUUCUCAGUUAUCUGCUCUGGAGGCCCUGUUCCCUGGGCAGCGCUCUGAGCUGUGGAGGAGGAGCAGGAUCCACCUGGAGAGGCACCUCCAGACGGCCCGGCCCACGGAGCCAGUCAGCCUGAUGCUGACAGCAGGACGCAGGGGGGAGAAGACGCUGCACUGCCUUGCCCUGCAUCUGGCCUCCGCCUUCUCCUCUGCCCUCAACGCCUCCUCUAUCCACAUCGACGGGGCCAGCAAGGCUGGCCAGGACAGCGACCAGGUCAAGCUGGACAUCGACACCCAGCUGGGGGAAGCCUUCGAGGGGGACCAGCCCGUAGCCGUCAUCCAUCGCUUUGAGGAGCUGCCCCCGGGUUCCACGAUCAUAUUCUACCGCUACUGUGACCACGAGAAUGCAGCCUACAAAGAGGUGUUCCUGCUCUUCACUGUGCUGCUGCCUGAGGAGGAGUUAGGGGAGGAGCUCAGUCUGAAUGAGGUGGAGGAGAGGGUCCAGGAUUAUAUUACGGACACCUUUGUGGAAAGUAACAGCUCAGACAAGCCUGGUUCCUAUAAUCGGAUGGACCUGGACAAGCUGAGUGGACUAUGGAGCCGUAUCUCCCACCUGGUCCUGCCUGUGGCAGUAGAGGAGAGCAUAGAGCAGGGAGGAUGCAUGGACUGAACUGGCAGCUACAGGAGACGUCUGGCUAGGUAGGAGCAGGCUCGCUGGGCUGGGCUCCUCUCCGUCUUUAUGGAGCUCUGGAGAAGCUGUGGCUCUGAAGUUGAGGGGUGAUGGUAUGAAGACACAUCCAGGUGCUCUGUGGGGUUUUUAGACUUCACAGGUGAACUCUAGGACCUAGAGGUGAUAUCUUCCAGAGGUCAUAUGCUCUUAAUAGAGAUUUCUAUGCUGACAGAUCCAAACCAACAUUUAAUAUUCAGCCCAACUGCACUGUUUAGUUUUAACUGAGAUGUCCUCUCUUUCUGGUCCUCUGUCACAUUUCUGAUCAUUUCACAACUGCCAGCUGCUGUAAUUAGAGUGACGGUCUAGGUUGAGGAAUCAGGAAGUAAUUACAGAGUGACAGUCUGGGUUGAGGACAACAGGAAGUAAUUACAGAGUGACGGUCUGGGUUGAGGAAUCAGGAAGUAAUUACAGAGUGACUGUCUGAGUUGAGGAAUCAGGAAGUAAUUACAGAGUGACGGUCUGGGUUGAGGAAUCAGGAAGUAAUUACAGAGUGACAGUCUGGGUUGAGGACAACAGUUUGUUUUGGGUGGUUUUUAUUUCAGACCCAAAGUUUGCUUUAUAAGGAAGAUGUACAGCAUUGAUUUUAUAAUGUGAUGUCUAUUUCACGUUUUUCUUGUUUUGUCUUUUCUUUUUUGAAAAUGAAAUGAAAUCGUUACCUUGAAAAAAAGAAAUUCCUUUUGCUAUUCAAUUUAAAGUGUUUGUUGCUGCAUGAAAUUGAAUCUGAGUCUAAAUUCCAGGAUUUCACCACUGAUCCAUGCAUUGGUAAAAUGACAAACUGAGUUCCUUUUCUGCUGUUCAACGCUCAUGUAUACAUAUUUAAAAAAUAUUAUUUCAAUACCUCCAUUCCCUGCAUAUUUGGCUGAAAUGUCUUGCACUAAUUCUCUGGUUUUACAUUUUCAACCAGCUCACCUCGAGGAAUGGCAGACAUGAAGAUGGAAAUAAUCGUAAUUUGGGAUGCUGCGUUAGGUUUGUCUCUCUCUAUCUCUCUCGUUGUG